GACGACGCACAAAAACAAAAACAGCCAAGGGAGAAGAAGAAGACUCAAACCGGACGUAUUCUAUUUUUUAUUUAGGUUUUUCAACUUCUAUAAACAUGUCCAAGCGCGUCAGACCCGGGUACUACCGACAAGAAGUCAACAAAACCUCCUGGGAAGUGCCGGAUCGGUACCGGGACCUGCGGCAGGUGGGCACCGGGGCGUACGGGACGGUCUGCUCGGCGGUGGAUUCCAGGACAGGAGGCAAAGUGGCGAUCAAGAAGCUGUACCGACCUUUCCAGUCCGAGCUCUUCGCCAAACGGGCCUACCGGGAGCUGAGGCUCCUCAAACACAUGAAGCACGAGAACGUGAUUGGCCUCUUAGAUGUGUUUACUGCUGACCUCUCCCUGGACAGAUUCCACGAUUUCUACCUGGUGAUGCCGUACAUGGGGACGGAUCUGGGGAAGCUGAUGAAGCUGCAGAGGCUGUCGGAGGAGAAAAUUCAGUAUUUAGUUUAUCAGAUGCUCAAAGGGCUGAAGUAUAUUCAUUCGGCCGGUAUAAUUCACAGGGACCUCAAACCAGGAAAUCUCGCCAUCAACCAAGACUGUGAGCUCAAGAUUCUGGACUUUGGUUUGGCGCGACAGGCAGACAGCGAGAUGACGGGCUACGUGGUGACUCGCUGGUACAGAGCCCCCGAGGUCAUCCUGAGCUGGAUGCACUACACUCAGACUGUGGACAUUUGGUCUGUGGGCUGCAUCAUGGCGGAAAUGCUGCAGGGAAGACCUCUCUUUAAAGGCAGCGACCACCUCGAUCAGCUGACUGAGAUCAUGAAAAUCACCGGAACACCAACUCAGGACUUUAUAUCAAAACUAGAAUCCCAGGAUGCUAAAAGCUACAUCAAAAGUCUUCCCAAAGUGGAAAAGAAAGAGCUCCAGAAGCUGAUUUCCACAACUAAUCCACAAGCCGUGUCUGUGCUGGAGCGCAUGUUGCUGCUGGAUCCUCAGAGCAGGGCGACCGCUGCCGAGGCCCUCACGCUCCCCUACUUCACAGAGUUUAGAGAAACUGAGGAAGAGACGGAAGCGCAGACGUACGACCACUCGUUAGACAACGCAGACCUGUCGCUGGACCAGUGGAAACGUCACACCUUCACAGAGAUCUUGACGUUCAAACCCGUCGUGCCAGAAUCCAAGGAAACAUCACUGUGAGACAGAGAGAGUGGGCUGAGCAGCCGGGGACCAAACCUAACGAGCACGUCUUCUUCAUCUCCAGCUACAAAACCUCUCUGAUCACAAGAAUUAAUGAAUGACCACAGACUCUGUUCCCCCUCCAGUGCAACCUGCUGUGUUUUUGAUUCCCUCGCUGUUUGUCGCCGUCGUCGUAAAAAAAACAGAUUUCUUUCUUUGUAGCUUGACUUCGUUACAGCAGCUCUACUUCCUGAGUCGUUUCAGCACUUCCUACUGUGCUGAGGAUCCUAACUCACACUUAUACUUGAUAUAAGUCGGAUAAUAUCCAAGUACAUCGCUCCUUACCUGUGAAUCUAGAAAUAAGAGGAGACACAGUUUUUAGAACACUGAAAUUCUUGAAAUUGCCUGGUGUCAGUCGUUUAAUUUCCAAGACUUAUUUGUAUCUGUGGUUAAGGCCGGGUUGAAAGUUAAUAGAUAGAAAAAUGCUUCUUUAAUCAGUGAAGUAAUUCCCCGAUCAGUGACUACAUGCCCUUAAAAUUCCAUUAAUUGUUGUGUUUGUGUGCACGUGUCGUCACUGUAUGUGUACUAUGACCUAGUCUCUCCUCGCCGGGGCCUUAACGAUAAAGAUCGGCAGCUCUUAUCAAAUCCAUCCCAGCAGGUUAAAGGCAAAAACAUUGUCUUUUUCAAUUUUAAACCAAAAACACAAGAGAGAAAUGUCACAAUGUUGUUUUUUUAUGAAACUGAAAUUUGCACAAAACACAUUUUCUAUGUUGA